AAAUAUAUAUACUUCAAGGUCGCUUAAUUCAGGAUUUUCUGUCCAUUGUGUCUAGUUUUAUCUCCCGUUAUCUUAUUUACGAAUUUGUGUUGCGAGAAAAAAAUUUUCAUCUCCGGACAAUAAUUUUUCUUUUCAUUUUUCACUGUUAUUUACAUAUUUUAUUAUUAUUAUUGACAAGAAAUUAUGUUGAAUUUUUGUCGACAAUCCUUGCUUGCCAACACACCAAUAGGAACACGAUGGAUAGGAUCCGUGGUAUCAGUGAACAAUACAAGGGAUUUCCCAUUAAAGAACGAGCCAAUUUUGUCAUACAAAAAAGGCAGCAAAGAACGUGUCGAAUUAGAAAAAACACUCGAUGAAAUGAGUAAAGAGUGUGAAGAAAUUCCUCUAGUCAUCGGGGGCAAGGAAUUUAAAUCCGAUAAUUGCGCUUAUCAAGUUAUGCCUCACAAUCAUCAGCGCAAAAUAGCAAAAUAUUAUCAAGCAUCGCGUGAACAAAUAAAAAAAGCCAUUGACGUUGCUGUAAAAUUUCAAAGAGAAUGGGAUCGAGUACCAAUUUCAAAUCGCAUUGAUAUUUGGCUAAAAGCGGCUGAUUUAAUGGCUGGCAAAUAUCGACAACAAUUGAAUGCAGCGACAAUGCUGGGACAAAGUAAAACAAUGAUUCAAGCUGAAAUUGACAGUGCCGCGGAAUUAAUUGAUUUUUUUAGAAUUCACAGUUGGUUUCUUCAGGAUGCACUCAAAUAUAAACCAAUAUCUGAGAAUCCAAAGGAGACAUUAAAUUCAAUGAGGUAUCGCGGAAUGGAUGGUUUCGUCGCCGCUGUUUCUCCAUUCAAUUUCACCGCCAUUGGCGGUAAUCUUAGCUAUACACCUGCUCUUAUGGGUAACGCUGUUUUAUGGAAACCAUCUGACACGGCAUUACUUUCCAAUUGGAUUAUUUUUAAAAUCUGCAGGGAAGCUGGUGUACCACCGGGUGUCGUGAAUUUUGUACCCGCUUUAGGUCCCGAUUUUGGUGAUACAAUCACUUCAUCGCCCUAUCUCUCAGGAAUUAAUUUCACUGGUUCAGUGCCAACUUUUAAUCGACUUUGGUCACAAGUUGGCAAAAAUAUUGAUAUUUAUAAAAAUUAUCCAAAACUCAUUGGCGAAUGUGGUGGGAAAAAUUAUCAUUUUGUUCAUCCAACCGCAGACGUUGAGUCUGUUGUUAUGGGAACAAUUCGAAGUGCUUUCGAAUAUAAUGGACAAAAAUGUUCCGCUUGCAGUCGAAUGUACGUGCCAGAAUCUCUUUGGAGUAAGAUUAAAGAAGGCCUCGUCAAUGUUCGAAAUAAAUUAAAAGUAGGCGAUGUUCGUGACGCUUCGAAUUUCAUUGGUGCCGUUAUUGACAAACGAGCAUUUGACAGAAUUUCUGGCUACAUUAAACAUGCGAAACAAUCAUCAGAUUUAGAAAUUAUCGCUGGUGGUGGUUUCGAUGAUUCAUGUGGAUAUUUCAUUGAACCAACGAUAGUUGUGACAAAAAAUCCUCAUGAUAAAAUUAUGACUGAAGAGAUUUUUGGACCAGUUAUCACUAUUUAUGUCUAUAAAGAUGCAAAAUUAGAUGAAACAUUGAAAUUGGUUGAGUCUUCCACGCCUUUUGCUCUCACUGGAGCAAUUUUCACACAAGACGAAAAUUGGGCAAAAGAAGCGCUAAAUGAAUUGAAAUAUACAGCGGGCAAUUUUUAUAUAAAUGAUAAAUCAACUGGUUCGGUUGUUGGACAACAACCAUUUGGUGGUAGUAGAAUGUCUGGUACAAAUGAUAAAGCCGGUGGGCCACAUUAUGUUUUACGAUGGGCAAGUCCUCAAUCUAUUAAAGAAACUUUUGUACCUUUAAAAGAAUACGAUUAUCCCUAUAUGAGAAGUUAGACUCGAAAUAAUUUUUAUUUCUUGAAAGUUUAUUCUUAGAGAGAAAAAAAAAGAAUAAGAUUAAAAAAAUGUGACUGCAUUUUUAAGAUUUGAUUCUGCGUACUAAAAAAAAAACUCAGUAUUUUUAUCUAUAUAUAAUAAUGCAAAAAAGAAAAAAAAAACCCGAAUUUACGCUUAUUAAAACGGAAGGAGGCAUUUCUUCUAUUUAUUAAUUUCUUUUUUAUUAAUAAUUGAUUUUUAAUGAAGAAAAUAUAUAUAAGGAAAUGUAUUCCUGCAACAAAUCCUCUUCCGGAAGACAAUAAAUUAAAAUCUUAAAUUCUGAAUAAAUUUUUCCUAAAACUGAUUUAUUUUUGAAAAAGUGUUUCUAUUAAUGACAAAACCAUGUUAAUUGACAAUAUUAUAAAUUUACAAAAUUUUUUUUUUUUUUGAGAAAAUUUGACAAUUCAGAAUUUUAGAUUUUGAAAAAUGUCUAAUGGAAAAUGGAAAAAAUCGCAUAUUGCGUACAGAUCUCUUAUAUUGUGUUCACAACUUGACUGUCAAUGAACGUAUUUACCAAAAACGAAAAAAUUACAAAUUUCUCAAAAAAAAAAACUACUUUUCGCAUUAUAAUAUUUUCGUUUCUGUUAAACAGAUAAUUAUGAAUUCCCCUUCCAGCGAUAUCUCAUAAUAAUAUAGAACAAGACAAUAUCAAAACUGUUUUUAAGAUUAAUAGGCUCACUUAUAAAACGCAUGUGUAAGUUUUGUAAAAAUUUGUACAAAUCAUACUAAUGUUAAAAAAAAAAUAAUAGUCAAAAAGUUAAGAGUAGUCAACAAAUGAUGUUACAACAAUUUAAGUGAAUACAAAUUUUUAAAACUAUUUUUUAUCAUUUCUCCAAUGAAGAAAGCGUUGAAAAAAAACUAAUUUUUAUAUUGAAAGCUCAUGGACUUUUUUCUUUUAAAAA